AUGUGGAUGCUUCCUGAGCAGAAUCAAAGCUCAGUUUCUGAAUUUAUCCUACUUGGCUUCUCCAGUGACCCCAUCUCCAACAGGAUACUCUUUGUGGCCUUCCUUGUCCUGUACCUGAGUUCGAUCCUGGGCAAUGGGCUCAUUAUCACACUGAUCUGCCUCGACUCACAUCUCCACACUCCCAUGUACUUCUUCCUCUGUAUUCUCGCCAUACUGGACGUGGGCUAUGUCACCACCACCAUGCCUCAGAUGCUGGUGCACCUUCUUGCUCACUCUCAGACCAUCUCUUUUGUUUGCUGUUGGCUGCAGAUGUAUGCGUUUGGUGCCCUGGCUCUGAGUGAGUGCAUCUUCUUUGUGGUCAUGGCCUAUGACCGAUAUGUGGCCAUUUGCUACCCAUUGCGCUACACGGUUAUACUCAGCUGGGGAAUGUGCACACGACUGGCAACUGGGACCUGUGUUUGUGGUUUCUUCUUCUCUCUAAUUCAUACCUACUUCACAAUGAGUUUGCCCUACUGUGGGCCCAACAUCGUCAACCACUACUUCUGUGAAGGUCCCUCAGUACGAAGCUUAGCUUGCAUGGAUACCCACCUCAUUGAGAUGGCGGAACUGGUCUUCAGUGUGUUUGUGAAUGUCACUCCAGGUUGCCUUAUUCUGGCCUCUUAUAUCCGUAUUGUCCAGGCCAUUCUCAAGAUCAAAUCCACCAAAGGACGUUGCAAGGCCUUCUCUACCUGUGCUUCCCACCUGACUGUGGCCACAUGCUUCUAUGCUCCGGCUACAUACAUCUACCUUAGGCCCAACUCCAGCUACUCCCCUGAACGUGACAAGCAAAUUGCACUCUUCUAUAAUGUUUUCACGGCACUACUGGACGUGGGCUAUGUCACCACCACCAUGCCUCAGAUGCUGGUGCACCUUCUUGCUCGCUCUCAGACUAUCUCUUUUGCUUGCUGUUGGCUGCAGAUGUAUGCGUUUGGUUGCCUGGCCCUGAGUGAGUGCAUCAUAUUUGUGGUCAUGGCCUAUGACCGAUAUGUGGCCAUUUGCUACCCAUUGCGCUACACUGUUAUCCUCAGCUGGGGAAUGUGCACACGACUGGCAACUGGGACCUGUAUUUGUGGUUUAUUCUUCUCUCUAAUUCACACCUUCCUCACAAUGAGGUUGCCCUACUGUGGGCCCAACAUUGUCAACCACUACUUCUGUGAAGGUCCCUCAGUACGAAGCUUAGCUUGCAUGGAUACCCACCUCAUUGGGAUGUUGGAACUGGUCUGCAGUGUAUUUGUGAAUGUCACUCCAAGUUGCCUUAUUCUAGCCUCUUAUAUCCGUAUUGUCCAGGCCAUUCUCAAGAUCAAAUCCACCAAGGGACGUUGCAAGACCUUCUCUACCUGUGCUUCCCACCUGACUGUGGCCACAUGCUUCUAUGCUCCGGCUACAUACAUCUACCUUAGGCCCAACUCCAGCUACUCCCCUGAACGUGACAAGCAAAUUGCACUCUUCUAUAAUGUUUUCACAGCUCUGCUCAAUCCUGUUGUCUACAGUCUGAGGAACAAGGACAUCAAGGGAGCUUUUCUCAAGGUGAUGGGGCAUGGUAGGGGGGCCAGUUGA